AUGCCUAUCGCCGAAGGUGCUCCGCAGACCUUGUACGACAAGAUUCUAGCUGCUCAUGUUGUGGAUGAGAGGCUUGAUGGCACAGUCCUUCUUUAUAUCGACAGACACCUUGUCCACGAGGUCACUUCACCUCAAGCCUUUGAAGGCUUAAAGAAUGCAGGACGCCACGUACGACGACCAGACUGCACCCUCGCCACUACAGAUCACAAUGUCCCCACAAAGUCCCGAAAAGGCAUCAAGGACCUUGCCACCUUUAUCGAACAAGACGACUCUCGCAUACAGUGCCUAACUUUGGAGGAGAAUGUUAAAGAAUUCGGUAUCACCUACUUUGGUCUAGGCGACAAACGUCAGGGAAUUGUCCAUGUCAUCGGCCCCGAGCAAGGUUUCACUCUCCCCGGUACCACUUUGGUCUGUGGUGACAGUCACACUUCUACACAUGGCGCUUUCGGCUGCUUCGCCAUUGGCAUUGGUACCAGUGAAGUCGAGCACGUCCUAGCCACCCAGUGCCUCAUUACCAAGAGAAGCAAGAACAUGCGGAUACAAGUCGAAGGUGAGCUGGCACCUGGUGUUAGCUCCAAAGACGUCGUGCUCCACGCUAUCGGCUUGGUCGGAACCGCUGGCGGUACUGGCUGUGUCAUCGAGUUCUGCGGCUCUGUCAUCCGUAGCUUAAGUAUGGAGGCUCGUAUGUCUAUAUGCAAUAUGUCAAUCGAGGCUGGUGCUCGAGCUGGCAUGGUGGCCCCUGAUGAUAUCACCUUCGAGUAUCUUAAGGGCAAGCCUCUGGCUCCUCCUUACGGUACGCCCGAAUGGGAUCGUGCUAUCAAGUAUUGGAAAACUCUCCAGUCGGACCCCGGCGCUAAGUAUGACGUGGAUGUCCAAAUCGAUGCCAAGGAUAUCAUCCCAACUGUAACCUGGGGUACAAGUCCUGAGGACGUCAUUCCCAUCACCGGUGUUGUACCCGACCCCGAAACAUUUAAGACCGAUUCGAAGAAGGCAGCCGGCCGAAGAAUGCUCGAAUAUAUGGGUCUCACUGCCGGCACUCCUAUGGAAGACAUUGUUGUUGACAAGGUCUUCAUUGGUUCCUGCACAAACUCGCGAAUCGAGGAUCUCCGAGCUGCUGCACAAGUCGUCAAGGGCAAGAAGAAGGCCGAUAAUGUCAAGCGUGCUAUGAUUGUGCCUGGUUCCGGAGUCAUCAAAGACCAAGCUGAAGCUGAGGGUCUUGAUAAGAUCUUCCUCGAUGCCGGGUUUGAAUGGAGAGAAGCAGGUUGCAGUAUGUGCCUUGGCAUGAACCCCGACAUUCUAUCGCCUAAGGAACGAUGUGCAAGCACAAGCAACCGAAACUUCGAGGGUAGACAAGGUGCCCAGGGUAGGACACAUUUGAUGUCCCCGGUCAUGGCGGCUGCGGCUGCCAUUGUUGGUAAGCUUGCCGACGUCCGAAAGUUGACCGAGUACAAGGCCAGCCCCCAUAUUGAAGCUUACAAAUUAAACCCUGCAACAUCGUUUGGUAAGGCCCACGUCGAUGAGAGUAUUGAGGAUGACGACGCCGCCAAAGAAAGACUUACUGAUCAGCCUGAGGAUGUUUCGCCGCAUGUUAACACCACUGCUACGGAAGCUGCCGGCUCCCAGGGUCUACCGAAAUUCACUGUCCACAGGGGAAUUGCUGCCCCCCUAGACCGAGCUAAUGUUGAUACCGACGCCAUCAUCCCCAAGCAGUUCCUCAAGACUAUCAAGCGAACCGGUCUCGGUACUGCUCUAUUCUAUGAUUCAAGAUUCCACGAGGAUGGCACGCCUAAUCCUGAUUUCGUUCUUAACCAAGAGCCAUGGACGAAUGCCAAAGUCUUGGUCUGCACAGGGCCUAACUUCGGAUGUGGUAGCUCAAGAGAACACGCUCCCUGGGCCUUGAACGAUUUCGGUAUCCGAUGUAUCAUUGCUCCGUCAUUCGCCGACAUCUUCUUCAACAACACCUUCAAGAACGGCAUGUUACCCAUCGCCAUCAAGAACCAGGCCGACCUCGACAAGAUUGCCGCGGAAGCCCGUGCUGGUAAGGAGAUCGAAGUUGAUCUUCCCAACCAAGUCAUCCGCGACGCUGCCGGCAACGAGCUCUGCGGAUUCGAGGUCGAGGAGUUCCGCAAGCACUGCUUGGUUAACGGCCUCGAUGAUAUCGGCCUAACCCUCCAGCUUGAGGACAAGAUUGUUAACUACGAGAAGGAGGCCUCGGUCAGGACUCCCUGGGUCGACGGCACAGGAUACCUGAAGAGGAAAGGACGCGGCGGCCGAUUAGCGGCCAAGCCGGUACCGGUACCUGCGACAAACCGCGGACAGGAACUCAAGGACCCUAUCGACUGGUAA